CUUCCGGAUGAACUGCGUCGUUCUAGGAUAGUUUAGUAUCUGGUGUUUGACGUUAGUGGGCUACCAUAACAAACAGCUAAAACCUGUUUUCAAUGGCAAUUAGUUAGCAAAUCAGUAUUAUAGACGAUAAGAUUUGGGCCGGUAAAAAAGUAGAGUUUGAAGUGUAAUGUUGCAUUUGCAAUGAACAAUGCUAGUCUGAUAGCCACAUAGCAGCUACUGUCUCUUGAUUAGCUAUGCUAAUAUCCCGUUAUUCGCUAUAAUUUGACAACACUCUUCCCAAUUAAUCCUAACUGGACACGUGUUCCUCUCAAUCUGUGUGAAUUAUAAAUCUAGCCAGCUCAAUCAGACGCCGUCUGAUGUUUCGUAUGCUAGGCUAGGCUAGCAUGCUAACGUAAGCCUGCUAAGCUACCCGCGGCUGUUGGCGUGUAGCAUGAAUCCGUGUGAGCGUCGCUCUUCCCGGGUCACAGUUCUCAGAGUUUGCACUCAUGUCGGGCAAGAGCGCCGGUGUGGAGUGGGUGGAGACCACCGAGGAGGUCGUUAUAACCGAGGAGUGCCUGACCCCGGAUCACAACACGCCUCCGGUGGUGCCGGUUUUGGAGCCGGAAGAAACUCCAAUCCAGAAAUUACUGGACACUGUGGGACACGGCGAUAACCCAGAGUCUGAUGGGGGCUUUUAUUGCGAGGAGUGCCUGACUCUCUUCCAGGACCAGAGUGAUCCCUCCAACGUUAACGGCCCGUCCUUCAUUCUGGACUUUCCAGCGAGCACGGGUCUCCCACAGAGGGCCCUCCUCACGCUCCCCUAUGGCCUGAUGGUGGGCAGAUCUAGCAUCCCCAACGCGGGCGUUGGGGUCAUAAACCAUGGGCCCACGGUGUCACCGGGGAUGCAUUUUGGACCGUACGAGGGGGAAGAGGCCGCGAGAGAAAGCGCCAUGGCGAGCAAAUUCUCCUGGGAGAUUUACAAAGAUGAAUACGAGUACAUCGACGCAGCCAGAGAGUCUCACUCGAACUGGAUGAGGUACAUCAAUUAUGCUCGUAACAAAGACGAGACAAACUUGCUGGCGGUCCAGUACAAAGGCAGCAUCCUCUUCCAUUGCUGUCGCGCCAUCCGCCCUGGAGACGAGCUCACUGUGUGGCCCAGCGCCGCUUUUCAGGGCCACUUUAGUGAAGCUUGGAGCCAGGUGUGGGUCAUGAAGUUGAAUGCAACAGAGAGUAACGCAACCGCGACGUCUCAGAUCUUCCUCUGCUCACACUGCCAGCUGUCCUUCACCACGGAGUCCUUCCUCCGGCGGCAUACGGAGAACUUCCACGCGCAGCCUGAAGAGGGCGACGCCACAGCGGCUGCCGAGGCAGCUGAAGAGCCCUCUUCCGAGGGCGACUCGGCCCUCCCCGCGGCCUCCCUGGUGGUGUUUUCUUCGGUCGACGCCGGCGAGUCCAAGACGUGUGGCGACUGCGGCAAGACCUUCAAGCAGCUGCCUCACCUCAGGAGGCACAAGCUCUGCGUCCACUCAAACAGACGUCCCUACUGCUGCCCGCAGUGCAGGCGCAGCUUCAGCCAGGCGUCCGGCCUGAUCCGACACCAGCUGGUUCACAGGAAGCGCGCCGCGACCAAGGCCGCAGACGCCGUUCCCGAGGAGGACAAGGGGAGCUCGACCCCGAGGCCGGAGCCUUUCGGUCCCACGGAUCCAGCCGAAGCGGAGGAAGCCGACGUUUUGGCUCAAAGCGAGAACGUGCGAGAAGCUACGGACGCGACCGACGCGGAGAACGCACCCGCCGCGGAGGACGGGGCGUCUCCACACAGUUGCUCGGACUGCGGCAGGAGCUUCGCCAACGAGGCGACCCUGAGGGAGCACGGGGCGGCGGCCCACGAGCGGCCGCGUCCGUACGUCUGCACCGUGUGCCAGAAGUGCUUCGGCCAGUACCACGACCUGACCCGGCACCUGCUGCAUCACCAGAAGCAAAGCGAGAGGGGCGAGAAGGUGGACGAGGCUCCGGAGGGAUCCACCGCCGCGCCCUCCAGCUGUGCCGAGUGCUCGCUGACCUUCUCCUCGGUGGACGCCCUCCAGCAGCACAUAGCGGAGCGUCACUCGGAGGAGAGCCGCGGGGACGACCGGCGCCGCGAUCCGGACUACAGCCCGCCGCCGCAGGCGUCGGAGGAGCUGGCGGCGGUUUUCCCAAGACGCCAGAGGCCCCGGCGCCUCGGGGCCGGCUCCAGAAUCGCUGCCAUAACCGAGCUCAUAGCCCCGAAACGAAGGGCCGCCUCCUGCAAGAAGCCCCCCGCCGGCCCCGAGAGGAGCGCCGCCGAGGCGGACGCGCCCGCCCCCGCCAACGGGACGCCGGCCAAGUACAGGUGGUUCAGCUGCAACCGCUGCAAGCGGACGUACGGGAACCCGGACGACCUGGGGGCGCACGCCUGCGCUCCGAAACCGCUCAAGUGCGGCCUGUGCGGCGCGACCUUCGGCAAGUCCGGCUUCCUGAAAAGACACCGGCAGACGGCGCACGGGGACGCCGCGUCUUACAGCUGCGAGCGCUGCCGCAAGGUCUUCUCCACCUCCGGCAACCUGAAGCAGCACCGGAAGAGCAACACCUGCAUGAAGUACCACUGCUCGUCGGAGCUCUUCCCCUGCUCCUUCUGCCAGUUCUCCUUCACCAUGAAGAGCUACCUCCUCAAGCACGUCAAGAGGCACCACCCGGUGGAGUACCUGUCCCACUGCAACUCCGGAACGCUGGGAGAGGAGCAAAAGGCGGAGGGGUUGGAGGAGGAGGAGCAGGAGCAGCGGGACGGAGAGGCGGCGGGCGAAGCGUACGCGUGCCCCCACUGCGGAAAGAGCUGCGGCAGCGCCAAAGCGUUCAAGUCGCACUCGUGCUUCCAGCAGGUGAAGGUGCUCUACCUGUGCACCGACUGCGGCAAGGGCUUCGCCAACCACUACGGCCUCAAGCAGCACCAGCGCGUCCACACGGGUGAGAAGCCCUACGCCUGCCCGCACUGCGCCAAGAGCUUCUCCUACACGGGGCAGCUCAACGUGCACCUCAGGACGCACACGGGUGAGAAGCCGUACCUGUGCACGCACUGCGGCGACAGCUUCCGGCAGUCGGGCGACCUGAAGCGGCACGAGAGGAAGCACACGGGCGUGAGGCCGCACCGCUGCACCGAGUGCUGCAAGAGCUUCAGCCGCCCGCAGAGCCUCAAAGCCCACCAGAUGCUCCACCUGGGGCAGAAGAUGUUCAAGUGCACCCAGUGCGGCAAGAGCUUCUCCCGCAACUAUCACCUGCGCAGGCACCACCAGAAGAUGCACCUGUAGCACUGAAUGCGCGAGUACCAGGUUUUUUUUUUUUUUGUUGAGAAUAAUACUUAAAU